ACGCCAUUUGUAGAGCACAAAUUAAAUACAGUUUUGCCAAGUAUAUUAAUGUUUAAACUACCGAAAUUCUGCCUCUUGGCCAUCGAUACAACAGUUGUCGACCGAGGAUGUUAAAUGCGAACCGUGAAGAAGCCGCUGGUGAUGAAAAUCCAGCGAAUGCUGCUGUUGCUACUGCGCCGGUUGCGAUGCAAUCGUCGUUAACAAUCGAUCCGUUUGACCGUCAUCGUAUGAAGUGGUCACGAUGGGUUGAACGUUUGGAAGGUGCUUUCGUUUUGUUUGGCGUCCAGCAAGAAACCAAACUCUACAUGCUGCUGCACUUCAUGGGAGGUGAAACAUACGACGUUGUGUGUGACAAACUUGCUCCUGAGAAACCACAGAGGAAAACGUAUGCUGAAAUAGUACGUGUUCUUGAGGCUCAUUUUAAUCCGGAACCGUUGGAGAUUUUAGAAAAUUUUCGCUUCAAAAGUCGUAAGCAAGGAGAGGACCGUCCGGAGGAAACAAUAGACGAAUACUUGAUAGCAUUGUGGAAAUUGGCUAUCACCUGCAAUUUCGGAGAGUACCUGAAUACUGCUCUGCGUAACCAACUUGUUUUCGGAUUGAAGGACAGAACUAUAAAGUCCAGAUUGCUAGAAGUACGAAACCUUACUUUGGAGCGGGCGCGGAAAAUUGUCGUGUCGAUGGAACUUUCGUCAAAAGGGGGCCGAGAGAUUCAAUCGAGACAAGGAAAACCAGAAAUUAACCUGGUAGAACAAAAAAAGUUUAAUGCUGCGAAAAGUAAGUUAAAGAUAAAUCCGGAUCAGGAAAAAAAGGAGAGUGCUUCCGUUGCGGAAACCCUUCACAUUUUGCGAAUAAAUGCCCGCACAUUCAAACUAUGCGCAAUUACUGCAAACUGA